UGCUGAGCUGUAAUAAAUUUAUGCUUGUUGGUACUACCGUGUGGUAUGUGGGAGGUACCUCGCUGCACAUAGUUGCUGCAGUGCUAAAUAGUUGGCAGCACAGAAGGCAGCACAAAGAGUUCUGAUUGUGGACACUUGCAGUUGCAACGUUCCCUUGGAGGCUGUGGCAUGCUCAGUGAGCUGCAGUGACACUCCUGACACCUUCAUUCACUUGUGUGGGGGAGUGGGAGUUCCUGUGUGCUGCAACAAGCUGCUGUAGGCUACUGGCUGGGAGGUACAACAGCAUAGCUGGAUGGAAAAUAGUACUUAUGCUGCUGUGUAAACAAAACAAGAUCUGAGUAUCAAGAUGGCCGACCUGGAAGCCUACUUCUAGCUCAUGCUACUUAUGCAAAUGAGCUGCGUGUCAGUGGCUUUCCCACAGGAGGAAGUUCAUUUGGCACGUGUCAAGUUCUCAUCAGGGUCAAGAUGGAUGGCACAGAUGAACCUCAAAAAAAAGUCUUCAAAGCACGAAAAACAAUGAGAGUAAGUGAUCGACAACAACUUGAGGCUGUCUAUAAGGCUAAAGAGGACUUGCUGAAGACAGCUGAAGUUAAACUGUUAAAUGGAAAGCAUGAGAAUGGAGAUUCUGAUUUAAAUUCCUCUCUAAGCAAUACAGACUGUUUGGAGGACAAGAAGGAAGUUAAUGGCCUAGUGGAUUUUUGUCUUAACUCUGAAGAAGGAAGAAUAACUUCCAAUGAAAUUAGGGAAGUCAAAAGUCCUGAAAGUAGGGCAGAGAGUGUAGUGAGUGACCUAGAACCUAAACCUCGAACGCUGUCUCCAGCGAAUGGUACUCCUGAGCAGAAAACUGAUACUGCAGUAGCUCGUGAGGCUGAAAAUGGAGUGCUUGGUAGCAAUAAAUUCCAUGAAGAAAAUAAUAUAAAAGAUCGUUUGGACCAAAGAGAGAAUAACACUUCAUCAGAAGGUGAAAAUAAACCAAGCUGUGAUAAUAGUGACUCUUCUGAAGAGACAGGAGAGAUAAAUGACAUAACUGUUAAUUCUCAUUCAUCUGUUGAAGAGGAAAAGAGGGAUGAAGAAGUAAGUAUUGAAGAUGCUGUUGGAGAAGAAGCCAUCUCUAGCAGUAUGGAAGCUGACCAAGAACCAAAGGAUGAUACAGACAGCACUGCAAGUCUUUCAGAAACCACAGCUGAGAAGGCAAUAGGUCAGUCAAGUGGAGGUAUCCUGGAGAAUACUGACUCUAUGGAAACAGAUGAAAUUAUUCCAAUUUUGGAAAAAUUAGCCCCUGCUGAAGAUGAGCUGAGCUGUUUUUCUAAAAGUUCUCUGCUUCCAGUGGAUGACACAGCCCCAGAUUUAGAUGAGAAAAUGGACAACUGUUUGGGUUCACCAUCAAAGCAGGAAAGCAAUGAAAGUCUGCCAAAGGAGGCUUUCUUAGUACUGUCCGAUGAAGAGGAUCCUUGUGAUGAGAAGGAGUGUGCUGAAGUGAUACUAUCAAACAAGUCAAGUCUUCCAGAAGAGGUGGAGGAGGGAAGAAAGAGUGAGGAAGAGGAUAAAGACAGUGAAGACGCCCACAAAGAAGAUGACAAACACACAGAGAGAAGUGAAGUGUCCAGGAGAAAGCGUUCGAAAUCUGAGGACAUGGACAGUGUACAUUCUAAACGUCGUCGGUAUGUGGGAGAAGAAGAUUAUGAAGCAGAACUUCAAGUAAAAAUUACAGCCAGAAGAGAUGUUGACCAGAAAUUACAAAAGGUUAUCCAGAGACUGUUAGAAGAAAAACUUGCUGCUUUACAGUGUGCUGUAUUUGACAAGACUCUGGCAGACUUGAAAAUGAGAAUAGAGAAAAUAGAAUGUAACAAGAGGCAUAAAACUGUGCUUACUGAACUACAGGCUAAGGUUGCUAGAUUGACAAAGCGGUUUGGUGCAGCCAAGGAGGACUUGAAGAAAAGACAGGAAAACUCACCAAACCCACCUCUGUCUCCAGUGAAAGCAGCAAGUGACACUGUGAGCACAACCAAUAUGACAUACCGAAAUGCCGGCACAGUGAGGCAGAUGCUGGAGUCAAAGAGGAGCGUAGGAGUGAGCACAACAGCAACGUUUCAAGCCUCUCUAAGUACAGUACCAGCUUCCACUUUCGUUGCGCCUCAAAUACCUGGCAGUGGACAGCCUAAGCCUCAGACUCCAGUGACCUCCAGCCCCUUGACAACAACAGUUCUUUCCACAGCUAACACGGCUGCAGUUGUUGGCACAAGCCAAGUACCCAGUGGCAGCACUCAGCAAAUGUCUGUCUCAUUGCAGUCUUUGCCUGUAAUCUUGCAUGUACCUGUUGCAGUGUCAUCCCAGCCUCAGCUUCUUCAAGGCCACACAGGAACUUUGGUCACUAACCAGCAGUCAGGCAGCGUUGAAUUUAUAUCUGUACAAAGCUCAUCUACAGUUGGUGGCCUUACCAAAACUACAGUGUCUUUGGCAUCAGCUAACACAACUAAGCCAAAUAACAGCCCAUCUGUGCCCAGUCCCAGUGUUCAGAGGACCUCUCCAGCCAGUGCUGGAUCUAUAGGGACAACUUUGGCAGUACAGGCUGUUCCAACUGCACAUCCUGGUGUACAGACCACAAGAACUUCUUUGCCCACAGUGGGUACUUCAGGACUUUAUAAUUCUACCAGCAGUCGAACUCCCUUACAGAUGAAGAUUCCCCUCUCUGCAUUUAGUAGUACAGCUCCUAUUGAACCACCCACCAUUACAGCGCCCAGAGUGGAAAACCAGACAAGCAGGCCACCAACAGAUACUUCGGCAAACAAGCGAACUGCUGAGGGAACAACACAGAGCGGGAAGGUCGCAGGAAGCGAUUCAGGAGGUGUCAUUGACCUUACACUGGAUGAUGAGGAUGAUGGCUCUUCUCAAGCAGAGGCCAAGAAGCAGAAUCAGACACCUGCUUCAGGAUUGAGUAUAUCUACCCCGACCUUGUCCCGCCCCGUGCCGUCUUUGCAACCAAACAGUCAGCAGCAAACAGGUGUGCCAACAAGCGGGCCUUCCCAGACCACCAUACAUGUAGUACCUACAGCUCCGACAACAGUGAAUGUAACUCAUCGACCAGUGACUCAAAGUGCUGCAAGACUUCCUAUACCACGGGCCCCUGCUAACCAUCAGGUGGUCUAUACCACUAUUCCUGCACCACCACCUCAGAAUCCUGUAAGAGGAGCUGUUAUGCCAAGCCCAAAUUUAAGGCCAGUCAAUCCACAGACUGGAGGCAUGACGGUACGAAUGCCUCAAACAACCGCGUAUGUUGUGAACAACGGACUAAGUCUUGGAUCUGGAGCACCUCAGCUUACAGUGCAUCAUCGACCACCACAAGUGCAUGCGGAGCCACCACGCCCUAUACAUCCUGCCCCACUCCCGGAGGCACCACAGCCACCGCGCCUGCCCCCUGAAGCUGCCAACACUUCUCUGCCUCAAAAGCCACAGCUGAAGCUGGCACGGGUACAGAGCCAGAAUGGUAUUGUGCUGUCAUGGAGUGUCUUGGAAGUGGACCGGAGUUGUGCCAGUGUGGACAGUUACCAUCUCUAUGCUUACCACGAGGACCCGAGUGCCACUAUGCCUUCCCAGUGGAAGAAGAUAGGGGAAGUGAAGGCCCUUCCCCUACCUAUGGCAUGCACUCUCACUCAGUUUGUGUCUGGCAGCAAAUACUACUUUGCUGUCCGGGCUAAGGACAUCUAUGGACGUUUCGGACCCUUCUGUGACCCCCAGUCCACAGAUGUGAUCUCUUCCCAGAGCAGUUAAACUAGAGAUCUUUGGAGCCUUUAAACCUGUCCUACUACCAAGAGUUUACCGCCGGUUUUGGGAAGGUUGAUCCCAUGCAUGAAAUUCAUUUUUAAAUCCACUCUCUGCAGGAUUAUUUUAGACGGCUGUGUGAUACACUACAUGCAUUGAGAACCAAAAGAAAAAUAAAGUCUCACCUGCAGCAAGAGAACCUGUUUUUCUGGAUAGCUCAAGUCAUGGGUCAUUUGAAAAUUUUAUUUUCCCUCCCAUGACAGCUGUUCCACCUACCUUUUAUUCAAGGGCACCUUGGAUGCCUGGGAUUCUGCUUCAGAGUGGGAACAAAAUAAUAAAUUGCAGUUUGUCUGAAGCAAAGCAUACACAUCUGUAGUAUCUAUCAAGGCACUAACAUGAGGGCAAGAACAGAUUUGCAUCUUGCACCCCACCGCUCUGUGAGCAGGCUGUGAUGUGAAAGGUGAUUCAAGGUCUCACUUUCAUACUGGAAGAUUGAGUGGUCCGUUCUCAUUUUACAAACUGUAAUCAGCUGUCUGAGGGGAGGAAAGGGAACUUUAGUCUGGCCAGGGACCCAAUAUGUGUGUGAAUUUGGAGGUGUUGGAAAGUAAAAUUGUCCCACUACCUCCUGCCUCUCCUAAAUAAGAGCUCUCCUCUACUAUCACCGUCUACCCUCACGCUGGGAGCAUUCCUAGGUCAGAUCUGAAACUGGAUUGUAGAGACUGCAUUCCUAUCUCUCUAGCUCAGAUAAUUUCUCUGCCCCUCUCCUCAUACACACAGCCCUAUUUUUUAGAUUUAUUUUGUGCCUUAAAGAGUAAUUUCAGAAAUAAACGUAGCCA